CAUUAUAAAGGCGAAGCUUCUCAUUUGAUUUGCCAUGAUAAUCUCCUCCACCUUCCGCCAUGGCAACGCCACCAACACCGCUCUUAAAGAUCAACCUCUGGACCAUCCGGUCUGAAUACUGCCGGAUAAUCAAAGCCCACUCCCGCCACUUCCUAGCUCUCUCACUCCUCUUCCUCCUCCCUUUCUCUUUCUUCUUAUCCAUCUACCCCUUCAUCGCCAUUGAAUUCUACCUCAGCUUCCUUCAGCAAGAUCCCUCCAUCUUCCCCACUAAAACCUUUAUCCUCAAUCUCCUUUACACCCUCCCCAUCUCCAUCUUCUCCCUCUUGGCAACCGGUUCCAUCACUUACAGCAUUUUCCACGGCUUUUACGGUCGACCCAUCAAGCUUUUAUCCGCUAUUAAGGCAGCUUUCACUUCCUUCUUCCAUCUCUUCUCGACUUGCCUUGUAACCCAGCUUAUCGUUUCUGGGAUCAGUUUGAUCCUUAGUUUAGCCUUUUCUGCAGUAGUCAUUUUAGGCAUCCAAUUUCAUUACCCUUCACCUUAUUUCAUUUUCCUUUGCCUUGUUUACAUGAUUAUUCUCUUGUUUAUUGUGGUUCAUUUACAAGUGAAUUGGAUAUUUGCUUACGUAGUUAUCGUCGUUGAAUCAAGCUGGGGAUUUAAACCAUUAAAGCGAAGUCGAAAUUUAGUUAAAGGAAUGAAAGGGGUUGCUUUGAAGAUUAUACUGUUUUUCGGCUUCUUCAUUUCGAUUAAUACCUGGCGCUCAGUUAUGACAUACGGAGAUUCAGCUGCUGAUAAAUGGACAAGUUGGCUUUUUGUUUUGAAUAUUUUCGUCACUUCGACCUUCUCUAUGGUGUUUAUGUUUUAUAAUUUGGCUGCAAAUACAGUUUUCUAUAUAUAUGCCAAGGGUCUACAUGGAGAGCUUGCUGAAGAUGAGGAAUUUGCAGCCAAGUAUGUAAGUUUGGCUGUUGAUGAUGGGAAAGCUCCUCAUGUUGUUUCAGUCGUUUAAUCGAGUUUAUUAGAUUUUGCAUUGUGUAGAUGAAAAGAAAGAUGAAUGAAUUAACUAUAUGUAAAGAAUCAGAUUUGUAAGGAUCAAUAAAAAUUUAAUACAUAUUCUAGUUUGUUAAUAA